UUGACAUGUCUGAAGUGUGGGCUUUAACACAAAGAGCAGCCAACAAGGUGGUCAUUUUAUGCAAAGGAGGAAGAUUCAGCUGUGGCACUUUUGUUGUUCUGUGCUGCAAAAAUGAUGCAGUCAAGUCAGCUCUACUGGAUUGUUUGGUUGACGGUGAUGACUUCCUUGGCAUAUGCAGAUCAUCCUAAGGUGACACUAACGAUGAAGAAUCAGAAGGACGUAGUUUACGAGGGUGAGAAUGUGACUCUGGAGUGUAGCAUUGAGAGUGACUUACCUAACUGGAAGUAUCGCUGGUAUAAAAGUCAUUUAGACACAUGGAUGGAAAUGCGUGUCAUCACUAAAGACACUUACACAGUCGAGAGGGUGUCCUCGCUUGACAGUGGAGAGUUCUGGUGUGCAGCUGUCAGAGAUGAUCAUCAUUACUACAUAGAGUUCAGCAAUAAUGUGACACUGACUGUUCAAGGUGAUCCAAAGGCGACACUGAAAAUGAGGAAACCAGUAUACAUUGGAGAUACAGUGACCCUGAACUGCAGCACUGACAGUGACUUUACUGGCUGGACAUACACCUGGUACAAACUAAAUUUGAGAAAAGGGAGAGAUUUACUUAAUGGCACUACUGGAGAAAUUUACACAGUUCAGUCUGUGACUCAGUCUGAUACUGGAGUGUACUGGUGUACUGGUAAAAGACAUUUGCGUCCUUAUUUCUCCAAGCCCAGCCAUGCUGUUACACUAAGUUUUCAAGAGAAACUGAAAGUCACACUAAAGAUGAGAAAUCAGAAAGAAUACAUUUACAAACGUAAAAAUGUGACUUUGGAGUGCAGAAUUGAGGGAGACGUAACUGGCUGGAGGUAUCGUUGGUUCAAAUCCUUCGGAGGUGUUUGGAAUGAGUUUACUCACAUCACUGGAGACACGUACACGAUAGAAUCUGUGAGGCCCAAUAAUGUUGGAGAGUACUGGUGUUGGGCUGUCAGAGAUGAUCCACCUGAUUACUCAGAGGUCAGCAAUGUUGUGACAGUGAAUCUUCAAGAUGAAUUAAAGGCAACAGUGAAAAUGAGGAAUGAGAGGAAACCCGUGUACAUCGGAGACAACGUCACUCUGGAAUGCAGCAUUGAUGGGGUCUUAACUAAAACUCAAUACAAAUGGAAGAAAGAAUUUUGGAUGACAAAUCUUCACACCGUCUCUGGAAACACUCUCACAGUCCAGAAUGUGACUCAGUCUGACAGUGGACCGUACUGGUGUUCUGGCUAUUCACCAUUUUCAUAUUUCAGUGACGUUUUACUACUGAAUGUUCAAGCAACACAAAAAGUGACAUUGAAGAUAAAGAAUCCGAAGGUCCCAUUUUACACUGGUGAUGACGUGACUAUGAAAUGCAGCAUCGAUGGUGACAUAUUUGGUUGGGGAUAUCGUUGGUUCCAUUGGAGCCAGGCAGGCAUGUGGAAAGAGUUUGACAGCACCUUCAAAAACACUUACACUCUCCAGUCUGUGACUCAGUCUGAUGGUGGAAAGUACUGGUGUUACGCUUUCAGAGAUGAUCCUCUGCAUUACACAGAGUUCAGCAAUGCUGUGACACUGACUGUUCAAGAGAAUCCUAAGGUGACGCUAAAGAUAAAGGAUGAGAAGGAAAUUGUUUACAUAGAGGACAAUGUGACUCUUGAGUGCAGCAUUGAGAGUGACUUACCUAACUGGAGAUAUCGCUGGUUUCAAAGACAUUCAGGCCAAUGGAAAUAUUUGUAUGUUGUCAAUAAGACAUACACGAUUGAGAGUGUGAUGACACAUUACAAUGGAGAGUACCGGUGUGCUGCUGUCAGAGGCGAUCAUCCUUAUUACAUUGAGUUGAGCAAUCCUGUGGCACUAACUGUUCAAGAUAAACUAAAGGCGACACUGAAAAUGAAGAGACCUGUGCACGUCGGAGACACACUGACUCUGAAAUGCAGCAUUGAGGGCAGCUUUACUGACUGGACAUACUCCUGGUACAAACUGAACUGGGCAGGAGGGAGUGAUUUACUUAAUGGCACCACUGGAGACACUUACACGAUCCAGUCUGUGACUCAGUCUGAUACUGGAGUGUACUGGUGUGUUGGUAAUAGACAUUUCCUUCCUUAUUUCUCUGAGCCCAGCAAUGCUGUCACGCUAAAUUUUCAAGAAAACCUAAAUGUCACCCUAAAGCUGAGAACUCAGAAGGAAUUGAUUUACGAAGAAGGCAAUGUGACUCUGGAGUGCAGAAUUGAGGGGGGCUUACCUGGCUGGAGAUAUCGCUGGUUCAAAACCUGGGGAAAUGAGUGGAAAGAGAUUACUGGCAUCACUGGAGAUACGUACACGAUGGAGUCUGUGAGGACCUCUGACAGUAGAGAGUACUGGUGUUGGGCUGUCAGAGAUGAUCCACCUGAUUACUCAGAGGUCAGCAAUGCUGUGACAGUGAAAGUUCGCGAUGAAUUAAAGGCAACAGUGAAAAUGGGGAAUGAGAGGAAACCCGUGUACGUCGGAGACAACAUCACUCUGGAAUGCAACAUUGAUGGGGGCUUAACUAGCACUAAAUACAAAUGGGAGAAAGAACUUCGAUGGAUGAAUCUUCGCCGCGUCUCUGGAAACACUGUGACAGUCCAGAGUGUGACUCAGUCUGACAGCGGAGUGUACUGGUGUUACGGCUCUUCAUCUAAUUUUGUUCCAUAUCUCAGUGAUGUUUUAGUACUGACUGUUCAAGCGACACAAAAAGUGACACUGAAGAUAAAGAAUCCGAAGGUACCACUUAACACUGGUGACCACGUGACUCUGGAGUGCAGCAGUGACGGUGACUUAUCUGGCUGGACAUAUCGUUGGUACCACUGGAGCCAGGCAGGCGUGUGGAAUGAGCUUAAGAACAUCACCGAAGACACUUACACUGUCCAGUCUGUGGCUCAAUCAGAUUUUGGAAAGUACUGGUGUUACGCUUUUAUAGAAGAUCCUGACCAUUACACAAAGUUCAGCAAUGCUGUGACACUGACUGAUCAAGGAGACCUAAAUAACGAUGACUGCAAAUCCUGUUAAAACUGAAAGAACAGAAGUGAACUCAAGGCUUCAGGCUUCAAGUCUGCACUCUUUGCAUUUACAUUUAUUUGCUUUGCACAUGCUUUCAUCCAAAGCAACUUACAAAAGAGGUCAACAUAAUUGAGAAAUUGUGAGGGACUGUUUAGGAACAAAUGUUACAGGAUAAGAUGACAAAACUGAUCAUCACAAGUAAAGAGAUGAGAACAAAAUACAAGCGAGUGACAAUUCCUGGGUUCUGAACACCUGGCAACUGAUAUCAGUUAGACAGAAAUUCACCAAACAUCAGAGUCUUCAGAUGUUUCAUAAAUACGUCAAGGGACUCAGAAUUUCGAAUGGAAGUUGACAGCGCAUUCCACCAGGCAGGAGUUACAUAUGAAAAGAGUCCACAUUGGGAUUUGAUGUCACAUAGAAGUUGUAUCACCAGACACAGCAGACCUGAAUGGUUAAGAAGGAGAAAACGACCUCACAAGUUACUUCAUAUAUAUCAGUGCUAACCCACUGACUAAUCUGUAGGGAAAUGUCAAGUAUGUUUGCUUUCAUAAUUGCAAACUUUCACUUUACUUUUAACCAAAUGUUAUUAAUUUUUAAUGAUGUUAAAAUGUUAAUUCAUCCUACUGAAUUGUACUGCAAUGUUUCCUCUGGAUUUAAUCUUCAUUAAAACUCUUGACUCAUUUAUUCUUUUGCUGCUGCUUUAACACUUUGAAUAUGACGUACAAGCUAACUCGUAUAUCAUUGAGCCCGUCAGGGCUUGACAUAUGAGAGAACUUGUAUCUCAGUAUAUGGCCACUGUUAUGUAUACAGCUUCAUUUGUAAAUGUUAUUAUAUGGUAAAGGAAAUGGUUGUGUGCGCAUGUGUAAUAUAAAUAAGGGGGUGGAGAUUUAGAGCAGCAUGUGUGAGAAGGGUA